AUGGGCCGCCUCUUACCUUCACCAACCAAGUCCUCCGAGGCGAGUCGUAUCGCAGAGUCGACGGAUACCUUGUGGCAGGAAGCAGAUCUAGGCGACGGACGCGGUCGGAGAUCACUUCUCAUGAUUUAUUCAUCUCGUUGCGCGCUUCGCAUCUUUUCCGCUCCUACCAGCGUACUACCAGAUGAUCCUCACGUUCAAGAGAUAUCUUAUCCUCCAGAGGAAGUCUUCAAUCUCCCUCGAAUCAUUUAUACCGGCGAAUGCAAGCGAAUGAAUGUAGGGACUAUUCGGCAAUCCCUUCAAGCUGCAGACGCAAACGAACACGUCGUCUCGUCUGUGCUUCUCGUCGAUGGACCUUUAUGGGAAGCCCAUGGACCCGUCGCAGCCUUGUGCGUCGUAGCUCGAUCACGCAAAGCAAUCAGUGUCGUCGGCCUGGUCAUUGUCUCUCUCAAGACAGGAAUCGCCCUAUAUAGGGUCGAGCUUGGAAUCGGCAACGCUGCAUCGGUGACGGCCUCCUCCAGAGCUAUCGUUGUGGCUUUAUCUCAUCCUUCGCCUACGUUACAUAUCCUUGACCCCUCAUCUCUGGAACCUCUGCAGCCCCCCAUCAGAGACCUGCCGUCCCAUCAUCGCACCUCUCUACCCGUCUUUUCCCUCAUUGGCCGACUCCUGGCAUACACAACUCACACCCCUCCUCUGAAUCCAGGACCCGAUGGUCUAGGCUCGAUAAUCACGGCCAGACCGCCUCCUCGUCCUCGUCCUUCCACUUCUGACGGCUCUCUCGAUCUCAAAGCUAGCUCACAGGCUCAAAGCAGUCAAUCGGCUCUUCUCGCUUCGGCCGUGGAGAUUGGAGGUGGUGUGGCCAAGGGCGUUUGGGCAGGUAUCAAAUACGGCGCCAGAGCGGCUCAGCAGGCUCGAGCGGGCAAACUCGGAAGCAGUGCUCCAGCUGAAGCGAGUGAUCUGCUGGAUCGACAGGGGGACGAAGAAGCGAGUGCUGUUCGCAGUGAUUUGGGUUCAGCGGAUGGUUCAGAGGAUGUCCUCGUAUCGUCACAGUCUAAACCAGGAGUUUGGGUCAAAAUUGUCGAUCUAUGUCCGCGAACAGCUUCUACAGACUCCUCCAAACCGCUCUUGAAUCCGCUCAGUCGGAAGAGCCCUCCAUCUCUAGAUCUUUCAGCCACCGUCGAGCUCUCGCGAGGCCCGGAAACGCUGGCGUACUUCAAAUUACCGCCCUCGAAAUCUCUCGCCACCAGUCCAGCUCGCAUCCGUUCCUCUACCUCCCAACCCAUUUCCUUCUUGACUUUCUCCCCCAGUGGAAGUCACGUUCUCGUCUCUCCACAGGAUGGUCGGUCUGCUCACUUGUUCGAGUUUCAUCCCCUCGGGCCGACAAAGCAUCGCAUACGCAGCGAGACGAAGGGCUGUGUUUGGCACACCCAUGAAUUGCGGCGUGGUAAUACAUCCGCUGACAUUUGUUAUGCUCGAUGGGACCGAACAGAACGAUGGAUCGGCCUGGGCACAUCAAGAGGCACAAUACAUCUUUAUCCUGUCCGGGCCGACGGCCCAGCAGAUGCGUCCUCUCAUGCUCUUCUACAGCCUCAGGACCUCGAUCAACCCCCCGCUCUACAUACGCUCGUCGCCUCCGCUGCUCGGCUUCACCCGAGCACACUGAGUCAUGAAUCUGAGGGACGAGAUGUCUUCAAUCCCGGUGUUUUCCAUUACACCCUUCUCCGGAAACACGACUUGUCAAGCACAAGCACCUUGUACCAGGAUAUUGUCAUCGUUCGUCCGUUGGCCAAUACGGUCGAGUUGUCUCGGAUAGUCAUCACAAAACGCACGGUCGCGGAAACACCGCGAUCUCAGCCGAUGAUGAAACGAGCUAGCGGUCUCACGGAAAUGAUGCGAUCGGCAUAUUGGAGUCCUGCCACUGAUUUGGGGGUCAAAUCGAGACCUGUAUCGUUCUGGUCACUGCCUCCGGGUGACGAGCGAAUCCUACCGCAUCUGUUGAGUGGAAAGGCGAAGGUAUCGCGACCGAAACUUGUCCCACCGGUUUCCAGUCUUGCUCGAGCGGAGAUACAGACGCACACAAUGUGCCCUCGAAUUGUGCCAAAAUCAGUCUACCUCUCACAUCAGAUGGAGUUCUUCUCCGCCCGAGCGAUUGACGAUUUUUCUCCAUUAUCCAUCAUGGAUCCCGAGGCGAAGACUCGCCGGUUAGUCUUUCGACACGAGGUCGAGGCGCAGAGGGUUCUCUCCAAUAAGGACGCUCCUGAGGUCGACUCGUUUGAUGAACCUCUUCUGACUGCCUUGCGUUCUAUCAUGGAUUCUCCACCUGACACCCAGCUCCCCCGCCUGCCAAAUGGCGAUCGAGCGAAGCUUAAUUGGCAAUCUGCGACUAUUCCUAUCCGACACGUCGCCGUGGGUCUCGGUGAAGGUGUCGAUAGAGUCAGGAGGGAAUACGCUAGAGCUCAACAUAUACGACAGAAGCGGCGCGCCAGUCAAGUGGCGGAAGCGGCCGCCAACAAACUAUCUUUUGAAGAGGACGUAGUCUUGCCUCCUUCCGGACCCAAUCUUUCAGACUCCGCUUUGGAGGAGGAUGUACUUUUUAGUCCUGAUCGACCGGGAUCAGCUCUGGACAAGAGUGAUCUUGGAUCUGGAUCACUCCCGUCAUCUGAACCGCCGCCAUCUCAGACCAAUACGGACAGUUCGCACGAGACGCCUUUGGAAGGUUGGGGAGAAGAAUGGGAAGAAGAGUAUGCCAAGGCGGUAGAGGACGAUGGGGCACCUGAAGAGUUGGUAUUGGGUCUCAUGGAUGAAGAGCAAGAGGAGAGGAAGAAAUGGCUCAAACGGAGAGAAGAUAUGAAGCGGGAAUGGUCCAAGGGGGCUUAG